AUGGCGCAGGAGCCGCAGACGGCCGGCGCCACCGAGCUGCCCUCCGGCUACCACACCGACCAGCCGAGGCGUCCGGCCACCACUCUCCCAGACGGGCGCUACGAGGAGCAGCUCCCCAAGCAGGCGCCGCCCAGCGGCAAGGUCCUCUACACCAUGGAGGAGGUGGCCAAGCACGACACCAUGGACGACGGCUGGAUCGUCGUGGGCAACCUCGUCUACGACAUCACCAACUUCGCGAGGUUCCACCCGGGCUUCGUCCACGGGACGCAGGUCUCCACGAUCAUCGCCAUCCAGCGCAACCUGGGGAAGGACUGCACCGAGGAGUUCCUGAUGAUCCACUCCAAGAAGGCGAGGAGGCAGUUGACGGACUACCGCAUCGGGGAGCUUGCGCCGGCGCCAGCCAGCGGAUGGCCUGCUUGCCCCUUCCAUUUCGGGGUGCCCCUGGGCUCUCGGGCCUGCGACUCGCCCGUGGUCGCCGCUCCCGACGGGCUCCAGAGGCUGAGAGCUCUCGAGAAGGCGACGCCCGGCGCCGCACGGGUGGCGCUGCCGAGCCGCGCGCCCGAGGCCGGCAACCUGCAGACCAAGCUGCACGUGAUGGACGUCACCGCCCCGCGCGGCGAGGGCCUGCCGGCCCCCUUCCGCGUGCAGCAGGAGGUGGCGAUGCCGCCCGAGGCGCCCGGCGACUUCGCAGUGGCCCUGCACCUCAGCGAGAAGCACGGCGUUAUCUUCAUGAUCACGAAGGCCGGCUACCUCUUCGUCUUCGACGCCGCCACGGCGUCGAUGCUGGUGCGCACCCGCGUCUCCCAGGAGACCAUCUUCAUCUCCACUGGCAGCACGCUGUCCGGAGGAUGCAUCUUCGUGAACCGCAAGGGCCAGGUGAUGUCGGUGAAGGUCAACGAGGGCGCCAUAAUCAACUACAUCUCCAACAGUCUUCCACAGCUCGCGAACCGCGGGGACAUCGCGUUCGCCCUUGCGCGCCGCUUCGGGCUGCCCG